UUCCGCCCGGGGCGCGGGGCAGGGCGGGGACAGCGGCGAAGAUGGCGGCUCCCUUGGCCGGGCAGGCGGGUGCUGUUCUGCGGGACCUGGCCCUGCGAUCCGCCCGCCUGCGGGGCGAAUUCCCGACUGUUCAAUUAACCCCCAGACGAUGGCUCAACCUGCAGGAGUACCAAAGCAAAAAAAUAAUGGCAGACCAUGGGGUUACAGUUCAGAGAUUCUUUGUAGCUGAUUCUGCAAAUGAUGCCCUGGAGGCUGCUCAGAGACUGAAGGCAAAGGAAAUUGUUCUGAAGGCACAAAUUCUGGCUGGAGGGAGAGGGAAAGGUAUUUUCAAUAGUGGAUUGAAAGGGGGAGUUCAUCUAACUAAAGACCCUAAGACUGUUGAACAGCUUGCUAAACAGAUGAUUGGGUACAAUCUGUCAACCAAGCAAACUCCAAAGGAUGGUGUGACAGUUAAAAAGGUGAUGGUUGCAGAAGCACUGGAUAUUUCCAGGGAAACAUACUUUGCAAUUCUGAUGGACAGAGCCUGCAAUGGACCUGUCAUGGUUGGCAGUCCUCAGGGUGGUGUGGACAUAGAAGAAGUUGCAGUAACUAGCCCGGAGCUUAUCUUUAAGGAGGAAAUWGAUAUUUUUGAAGGCAUAAAGGAUCGGCAGGCGCUGCAGAUGGCAAAAAAUUUGGGAUUCCAAGGACCUUUGCAGCAGCAGGCAGCAGAUCAAAUGAAGAAGCUGUAUAAUCUUUUCUUGAAAAUUGAUGCCACUCAGGUUGAAGUCAAUCCCUUUGGUGAAACUCCAGAAGGGCAAGUUGUUUGCUUCGAYGCCAAGAUAAACUUUGAUGACAACGCAGAAUUUAGGCAAAAAGAAAUAUUUGCCAUGGAUGACAAGUCUGAAAAUGAGCCCAUAGAGAACGAAGCUGCCAAGUACGACUUAAAAUAUAUAGGACUGGAUGGAAACAUUGCUUGCUUUGUCAAUGGAGCUGGACUUGCAAUGGCCACGUGUGAUAUAAUAUCCCUGAAUGGUGGAAAGCCAGCCAACUUCUUGGAUCUGGGUGGAGGCGUGAAAGAAGCWCAAGUCUAUCAAGCAUUCAAGCUGCUGACUGCUGAUCCAAAGGUGGAAGCAAUCCUUGUGAACAUCUUUGGUGGGAUCGUGAACUGUGCCAUCAUUGCCAAUGGAAUCACCAAAGCCUGUCAGGAGCUGGAGCUCAAAGUACCUCUGGUGGUCAGACUGGAAGGAACAAAUGUCCGCGAAGCCCAGCGCAUCCUGAGUGAAAGUGGGCUCCCCAUCACGUCUGCCAACGACCUUGAGGAUGCAGCCAAGAAGGCAGUGGCAAGUGUGGCCAAAAAAUAACACCCUGAGGAUUAAUCUCCUGGAAAGUAUGCGUGUUUCACAGGACAUAAUUCUGAUAUUUUUUCAGAGGAUUCAUGGAGUUCUCCAAGCUAUCCUCAGGCUUGGUGGACUUGGUGAUACGUGGCCAGCUCUGGCCAAGCUGGCCUUCAGAAACUUUGCAGCUACAAUCUUGAAAAGUUUGUAGGCCUUUAUCUAAUUUUGGUAGUUUUGUUACUCACGAUUUAAUAAGUAAUACUGCACUGCAUAAAGCUCUUUUUUUGUCUCUCCUUCCAAAAUUAUCACUGAUAAACUCAUGAUAAGACAAAAUAAUUAGUAAUUUGCUUCUGUCAACAGAAUUGUUCUUCAAACACUUUYAGGUCACCUAUUUCACAAUAUUUUCAUUCAUGUUUUUAUAUUGUAAAGAGUCAGCAAACUAAUAGCGGGUUUMUAUUUUUUAUGAACUUUUGCAAUCAUGUUAAAAGCUAUGCUUACAGUAUCUAUUUUUAUUCAAAUCAAUGAAGUGUAUUUUCUUCUUUUAGAAAUCACUGGUUUUGCCUUAAGAUGAUUUUCUUUUGUUGAUGCCAAUGGAUACCUCACGAUAGGGAAAGGGAUUGAAUAGUUGGUAGAGAAAGGAACUCCCACUCUCACUGUGCCUAUAAACCACUGAAAUGUGAUUCAUUUAUUUCCGAGUUUUUGGAAAUGCCCUGCUGUAUUUCCAGGUGUAGCAGUGCCAUACAGRGAAGAUGUUUCUGCCACUAAGAAAAUGGCUGCUAACUUUUUAAGAUCAUCUCUUUUGUGUGUCACUGCUGUGAGGUUUCACAGGAAGAUGAGAAACUGAAGCAGUUUUCUCUCAGGAGCAUGGAGUAUUCUUCAGUUGAUUUAACUUCCAGAAACUAUUUUUAAUUAAUUGGGAAUAAAGCACAAACUUUUCAAUGUUUAAAGUACUUGACUUCUCAAGCAUCAGUAAAAACACCUACAUGAAAAAAGAAAUCUAAAUUUCAGUAUUCAGGUAUUGACCAAGAUUCAUUUUGAUUAUAUAUUCUUUUGUAACAGUCAAAAUUCAAGCUGUUAGUUACACAAAUCAUUCAUUCUGGGAACAGAAGAAAAUAGUAAAGAGCUUGUGUAACUAAAGAACUCUGUACAAAUCUCACCCUGCCCAGGAAUUGUGUGCUGAAAAUCAUCAAUAAAUUUGAACAGUGAACAAAUGAGGGGAUAUUAUGAUCUGGUCUUGUAAAUGGGCAGAGAUAUAAAACUUUGUGAAAUAAAUUCCUAAUUGUGAUUUUUUGAGCAGCUCUAAUCAAUACCGUGUUCUACUUAGAAAAACGUAAAUAAAUUUUUCUUGACAUUUCCAUUAAAACUGUUACAUUCUAAAUAAAUUAUCUGCACUAAUCUUUGGCUYUUAACACAAACAGUGUAGAUAGGCUGCUAUCAUCAGUUCCUGCAGGUUUUUCCUUCUSCAUUCUUUUCUCUACAUAUUGCUCAAGGAAAAAAUGUGUGACCAUUAGARCAGCAAUAAAUAUGCCACCAGGUCUGUCGUUAUUGGCAGAAUGGAGGAGAAGGGUAUUGUUAGCAGCCCUCUUGAAGGUGCAUAAAARCCACACUGCUCUGAAGGAAGAAAUGUUUACCUCACCACCAUAAAUAAAAGAGUUGCACUCUAUUUUAUAUAUUUGAAUACUGGAAAGAUAAGAUUCUGUGGAAGAACUGUUUGUGCAAUGUUGUCACACACUGUGUCCCUAACUAUGGUCUCAAAACCAUCCACUGUGUGUGUACACAAUUAUUAUUCUGCAAAGAUUAAUACUAUGUACACCAUUUUGUCAAAUAAAURUAAAAAUCRACAUGUUUAUCRACUCUGUCCUUUCUAUA